GGCUGUUAACCACUCCAGCUGUUGACAGUUUUGUCUCUGGAGCUGAGAUUCCUCUCGGGCCCAAUCCAGGCGAUCGCCCGUUUUAGGGGGAUCAUCCGUGCUUUUUGUGAAGAUGUUGGGUUAAUGAUUGUUAAUGCUCUCGGGACAGAGAUUGAGAACUACACAAACUGGAGAGAAUCAGAGUCCAACUUGGAGCCUGGACUCAGCAGCAUGGCCCGGUCCUUGUGGGGAGAUUUGAAAUCAUUCCUGCAGAGAGACAAUGUCUCCUCCAUAGACCUGACGGCUGACACCGUCACCCUCCAUUUCCCGGAGGAUGAGGAGGAGUUGCCGACAUUCAGCGAUGCCAACAGAUUGCGAAUAGCCACCCAGGAUGAAUUGGCUGUCAUCCCCAGUGUGGUUUGUAACGGGAGCAGCGCUGACAGCAUCAACCUUCAGCCGGGCUACAAGGAACAAAUACUGGGGGUCCGGGAGGAACCUCAGGCGGACAGAGGGGGCAACGAGAAGAAGUGCAAUAGUUGCAUUCAGAGUUCAGAAAUGGUCAGGAAAAGGAGAGUAAAAAGAAAACUCUGGAUUGCAGUUACACUCUACACUCUGUUUACUAUCGGGGAACUAGUAGGAGGAUGCAUCUCCAACAGCCUGGCAAUUAUGACUGAUGCAGUUCACAUGCUGGCUGAUGUCCUUGGGAUUGUUGCUUCCUUGGUUGCACUUUACCUUUCUGGGAAACCUCCCAGCAGCAGAUUUACCUUUGGCUGGCAUCGCUUUGAGGCCCUGGCUGCAGUGCUCAGUGUGAUGCUGAUCUAUGCUGUGACUAUUGGGCUUGUCUAUGAAGCUGUUCAGAGGACCAUACACCAGGACUUUGAGAUCCAAGCAGAUGUGAUGAUCAUCAUUGCAGCAAUUGGAGUUGCUGUUAACCUUGUGAUGGGAUUUUUGCUGAAUCAGUCCAGUCAUGCGCAUUCCCACUCUCAUUGCCCAUCAGGACAAACCGCAAGAGGAGUUCGGGGGAAUGCUGAACAUGGUCAUAACCCGGGGAGUCUCGCUGUCAGAGCUGCUUUUGUCCAUGCUCUGGGGGAUCUGUUGCAGAGCGUUGGUGUCCUGAUAGCUGCUUAUAUCAUCCGCUUUAAACCUGAAUAUAAGAUUGCUGACCCAAUCUGCACCUACAUUUUCUCCUUCCUGGUGCUAUGCACAACUUUCCAAAUCCUGAGGGACACUAGUUUAAUCUUCCUGGAAGGAACUCCAAGACAUCUUAAUAUUCACCAUAUACGUGAUGCUCUGUUAAAGAUUGAAGAUGUUCACUCUGUUCAAGAUUUGAAUGUGUGGUCAUUGACUGUGGGAAAAACAGCAGCAAUUGUGCAUCUACAACUGAUUCCAGAGAGUUUCUCCAGGUGGGAAGAUGUUCAGUGUAAAGCACAGCAGAUCUUGCUGUGUACCUACGGAAUGCACCAAUGCACAGUGCAACUGCAGAUCUUCAAGGAGACUCUGAACAAUGUUUGCACUAAGUGCAGGUCCUCGGAUGCUUUAGGAAGUGGACUCGAAUUUGGGGGAAGAGAGUAAAUCCAUUCAACAAAUUGUUCAGAAAAUCUAGAACACGCAACUUUUAUAAAAAUUAAAAAGCAUCAUUUUGAAAAUCUUUACCUGGCAACAGUUCUCCAGGAAAAACAACUGUGAUAUUGCAACUGAUGCCUCACAUAGUCACCUCACUAUGCUUUCUAGCUAGAAAGCGCUUGGUCUCCGCUGUUUAUUUUGAAGGACCGUUUGCUACUCAACUGCUAAUCAGACAGGUGAACUCCUCCAAUCUUUGGUCAUUAUAUUCUCCUGUUAUUGAUUUGCCACAGAUUAAACUCCACAUGUUUUUGAAUUUUCCAUUUAACUAUGAAAACAGCUCUAUUUUAGCUAUUUAAGUGAGAUAUUUUAGAAUUUUUAGUGACUUGCUAUAGUUAUGAUUUAGGGUUUUUCAGUAUUGCAUAUUCUGGGAUUGUGGCACCAGGAUGAGAAUUGGUGAAUGAAAUGGAUUGAUUCCAGCAUAAGGACAAUGGCUGAAUAGCCUCCUUCUAGAUCAUUCUAUGAGUUUUCAAAGGUUCAGGAACUGGAUCAAAAUUUGAUUCACUACGAACCAGUCGAGUUGCUUCAGCCAAAUGAAUCAAUGAUCAUGAAAGUGCCUGUAAUGGAGUUAUAUUUGUACUCCCUCCCAAUUUCCUGUGUUUACUUCUAGUCCCAUCUCCUUCUCCCAGCAUAGGGAGCUGGGAACAUCUCCUGUUGCCAGUAAGUGCUUUUGAAGCAAUGUUAAGGGGUUUGCUGGGAGAUGGUAGUUAUUCACUUUAAGAUGCUGCAGCACGCUCUCUCUCCAGUCCCAUUUCCCCUGAGUCUCCAGGAUUUGGAUCUGAUUAUAUACGGUGGUUUGAAGGCAGGUCUGUACCUUGUGUGACUAUUACCUGAGGCCUAGGCAGGACCAUUUUGUAACUGAAUUAGUUACAGUUGAAUGUGCAAUAGUGCAGCCUGUCUGGAACAUGGAUAUAAAAACUCUACAGUAAACUGAUACUGCUUUAUUACCUGUAAAAAAACAGGACAUGCAUUUAUUACCCAUCCCUUGUUGCCCUUGAGAAGGUGGUGGUGAACUGCCUUCUUGAACCACUGCAGCCCAUGUGGGACAUGCUGGUCUGGUAGAAUCCCUGAAAAGAGAGAGAGAGAGAGAGAGAGAGUUCUGGUGAGAGGUUAUCAACCUGAAACGUUAACUCUGUUUCUCUCCACAGUCACUGUCAGACCUGCUGAGUUUUUCCAGCAUUUGCUGUUCUUAUCUCAGAUUUCCAGCAUCUGCAACUUUUCCUUUAUCUGAAGUUUUGAAUAUCAGUAUUUACUGUUAAACAGUAUUUUAUAAUCAACAUUUUGAAUUGUAUAUUUUUCAAAUAAAUUUCCUGUAAUAUUUAUUUAGUUGACCUCUUCAUGGCUGUCCUCAAACAUCACAGAAACUAACUGGUUAACGCCUAAACCUCCCUCGGAGAAAUCACACUUUAUAAACUUUUUGAUUGUUUUAUAAGGAAAAGAACUGAAAACGUAGUUAAUGAUUUGUACAAGUUAGUGAGAUUAUCUUUGUAAUUAUAUGAAUGGGCUUCCAUUGUCCCUGAACAAUGAUAGUAUUACAACCUAUUCUACAAUAAUGUAUUCAGACCCAGGAUAUACUUGACCCUGUUUAACAUCAAUAACUUAAUCACAAUGUGGCCUCAACUCAACAAAUUAAAAUUAUUGUACUACUCUUCUA